GCCGCUCCGAAAUCAGCGGACUCUUCGCGGGCGCGCGCGCGGGGUUGCUUUGCGCAAAAGCAACCGCCGGAUGUCGAGUUUCCAUCAUGCGCCGAGUGCGCCAGCCAUGUCCACACUUCAGGAGGAGAAGACUCGCGUGAAGCGGCCGAUGCUUCAAGCGCCGCUGCUGCAGGUGCCUCUGCACCAGGUGCCCACUUCCAGCCCCAUUCAGGCUGUCCGAGCAUCCUACCUGCAGCGAUUGGCGCAGGACCGGCUGGUGCAGGGCGGCUAUGUGCCAGAUCUGAUGCCCAUCCUCACCUGGACUUCGGAAGAUGUGCGCCUCGAUGAAGAGCCCGAAAGGCACACGACCGCUGAAGCUUUGAUCAGCCCCCCAGCUGAGUCACCCACGAAGGGCGGAAGAAAGAGCUUUCUGCGUCCAGGCUCUAUGCGCAGCAGUGUGGUCAACAUCUCCGCGGCCGCCCUGGGCGCCGGCGCGCUGGCGCUGCCCCGCGCCAUGUACUACUCGGGCAUCCUGUGGGGCCCGUUGCUCAUGCUGCUGCUUGCGGCUUUGUCCGUCCUGAGCAUCCGUGUGAUCGUGCAGCUGGUGGAGUUGUCGGGCAAGAACUCCUACGAGGAGAUUGCGAAGGCAGCCUUUGGCCCCUGCUUCGCCCUGCUGCUUGAGGUGAACAUCGUGCUGUUUUGCUUCGGCACAGCGGUGGCCUACAUGAUCACGGUGGGCCAGAUUUCACAGCAGGUUUUGGACGCCGCCUUCGGGCACCUGGCGGACCCUGCACUCAGCAGCUUGAUGGACCCCAACACCGUGCUGAUCCUCACCACGCUGCUGGUCUUGCUGCCACUCUCUCUUUUGGACCGCAUCAACGAUCUGCGCUUCGCAUCCUUCGCGGGCGUGAGCUGCAUCCUGUAUCUGAUCUUCGUGGUGGGCUACGUCUUCGCCUCGCAGCGCAUCAGCCCAACGCUCACUGGCUUCGACGCGCUGCAGCCCAAGGGCGGCAUCACAGGUUGCUUCAAGAUGCUGUCGACGUCCAUCUUCGCAUUUUGCUGCCAGCCCAACGUCCCAUCGAUCUACACGGAGCUGGAGGCAAAGAGCUACAAGCGGAUGCAGAAGGUGUCGGUCCGUGCGAUGCUCCUGUGCUGCUUCGUGUACUUGCUGAUGGGCGUGACUGGCUUCCUGGCCUUCGGAGAACAAACCUUGGGCAACGUCUUGGGCAACUUGCAGCCGCUGCUUUGCAGCCGCGACUGGGUGGUUUGCUCCGGCAUGGCGGCCAUGGCCUUUGCGGUGACGAUGGCCUAUCCCUUGAACAUCUUCCCCAUCCGCUUCUCUUUGGAAACUGCGCUCUUCUACCACAGCCCACACCUUGAUGUUCCUGGCAUGCGGACAGGCAUCGCCGUCGCGGCGGUGACAUCAAGCUUGUGUGUCGCCAUCGCCUUGCCUCAGAUCAACCUGAUCUUCGAGCUGAUCGGAGCCACUACAGGUAGCUUCGUGUGUUUUAUUGGUCCCGGCCUGCUUUUCCAUCGGCUGGUGCCAGGAGACAUCUUCUCCAGACACAAACUCAAGGCUUUGACACUCAUCUUGAUGGGCUUCAUCUUCCUUGUGGUGGGCACAUACAGCAGCGUGCUGGAUGUGAUUGCGCAACUGCAAGCGCCGCCUACCACGCAAGCGCUGUGCAGUGAAUUGGUUUCCGGCGCCGGAAAGGCCUAGAUUUUUUUGGCGACUUUUGCAAGCGGCCGAUCCCACGGACUUCCAACCCAUGCUAGAG